AUGUUAGUCGAAAUAAUGGUACUCAGUGGAAUCAAAGAUCUUAUGACAGAGCGAGUCAAUGGUGGCUCAUUUGAGUUUCAUUUCAGGAUGAUGGUGGACAUGAGUCGUGAUUCGUGGUGGUAA